AUGGAUGACAGGAAGGAUCUCGUUGAAGUCAAUUUAAAUACCAUCGUAGAUUCAAAGAUCCCCCAAAUGGAUUCCAGUUGCUAUAACAUAAGUUUGUUCCAUUUUAAAAAUUACUCGACUGUAAGCAACACAUGCACGGCAUACAAACAGAGCAUAUUUGGCGGCAGCCUAGAAUUUGUGCCCAACGCAUACCGUUCGCCCACCGAACUGAGUUGUUUACGUCAAAUGUAUUGCCCUGAUUGUGAGCAGCGUUUGCAUGUGGAUACCAUCAGUUAUGAUCGCUUGUUAUAUUGUUGUCUGCCCAUAUUUCCAUUCAAGUUCCUGUAUAAGCGUGCGAUAGAACGGCGUCAAAGUGGCAAUAAAGUAAUUUGUAAAAAAUGUGGCGGUAAUUUGGGUUAUUGGAAGCAGAAGUGA